CUCCACCUUUACGCGUCCUGUGCGUCGUCUAAUUCCUGGCGGGUUACUGUGCUGUCUGCUGUCUUUGAGUUUGUAUUCUAUUCUCGACACUCCCUGCGGCCUGUUUCCACCGCCGCCUCGGUAAUACUCCACGCAGCACAACACUCAGACCUGUGCCUUACCCGCCCCACCUUGUGUUUACCUACCACAAUUGCCCCAAUCGUGGCAUCUACCCGUUGACGGCCGUUCCCUAUGAAUUCACACAGUUCUACGACAUAACGAUCCCCCUCCGACCCCGAUAUACCCUAUACCCCACCUACCUACUCACCCACCUACGCUUCGACGCCCGGCCUGGGUAACGGUCGCCCACCGCCACCAUGCUCGAGGGACUCGUGUCAACAUUGCUGAAUCGGUUCUUGGGCAUGUAUGUCCAGAACUUCGAUCCAAAGCAAUUAAACGUCGGCAUCUGGUCUGGCGACGUCAAGCUGCGAGAUCUCGAGCUUCGUCGAGAAGCCCUUGAUCAACUACGCCUACCGCUGAACGUCGUCGAAGGACAUCUUGGCUCGCUCACACUAUCCAUACCCUGGUCAAAUCUACGAGGGAAGCCGCUAAAGGUCAACAUUGAAGAUGUGUUCCUACUUGCCGCGCCCAAGGAAGAUGCAGACUACGAUGCAGAAGAGGAGGACAAGCGUGCGCAUGCUGUCAAGAUGGAGAAGCUUGACAGUGCAGAGCUGCUGAAGGAGCGCAACACAGAAGGCAUGAGCGCAGAAGAGCAGCAGAAGAACCAGAGCUUCACCGCGAGCUUGAUUACCGCCAUCGUCGAUAACGUCCAGGUCACCGUCAAGAACAUCCACAUCCGAUACGAAGACUCCAUUGCCGACCCCGGACACCCAUUCGCCCUUGGUGUCACCCUCGCAGACUUCAGUGCUAUCAGCACUGACGAGAACUGGAAGCCUACCUUCAUCCAAGGUACAUCGGCCUCGACGCACAAGCUGGCCACGCUGGGCUCGUUGGCGGUAUACUGGGACACAGAUGCAAAGCUGAUUGGUACUGGCAAGGGCAGUCAGAGUAGCGAGGAGCAGCAAAUCGACCGAGCAGACUUCAUUGAGCGUGCCAAGGGCAUGAUUGCAAGAGGCGACAGCCCAGAUCUGGGCGAUCACCAGUUUAUCCUCAAGCCCAUCAGUGGUCGCGCUGGCUUAGAGAUGGACAAGACUGGCAAAAUGGAUGUGGCCAAGAUGAAGGCUCGACUUCUGUUUGAUGAGCUUGGUUUCAUCAUUGACGAGGAUCAAUACCGCGAUGCACUCAUGCUAGUCGACCUGUUCCACUACUUUAUCCGCCACCAAGAGUACAAGAGGCUGCAACCAAAAUCAUCACCCAAGGAGGAUCCUGCUGGUUGGCUUCGCUUCGCCGGUAAGGCUGUACUUGACAAGAUCCAUGAGAGAAACCGACAAUGGAGCUGGGAUUACUUCAAAGAGCGCCGCGACGACCGUAUACGGUACAUUGAACUUUUCAAGAAGAAGAAACGCGAUGAGAAGCUUGAUGCCACUGAGGCCGAAGACCUGGAUAAGCUCGAGCGAAAGCUGAAAUACGAGGACCUCCGCUUCUGGCGCUCUCUGGCACGGAAUGAACUACGCAAGGAGAGUGUUGCGAUACCGAAACCGCCGCCCAAGCAAACGUGGUCUUCUUGGGUAUGGGGAAGCAAAAAGGAAGAACAUCACGACGACGAGAACACUCAGAUGAGCGAACAACAGAGGAAGGAGCUCUACGAUGCCAUCGACUGGGACGAGAAGAAGGCUAUUACUGAGUCAGUGGAUAUGCCUCGCGAACACGUCAAGCUAGAGGUCAAUAUGAGCUUGCGAACCGGCAGCUUCACACUCAAGCGCGAUCCCCAUGGCAAAUCCAACGAGAUCCUCCGGCUGCUCUUUGACUCCUUCAGUACUCAGUUCCUGCAACGUACGGAUUCCAUGUUCGUCAAAGUCGCGCUCGAGGGUAUGCGCCUUUACGACGGUACAACCGAGGGCAGCCUCUUUCCCCAAAUCAUCACAGUCAAGGAUGCACCGCCUGUUCCGGACGACAAGCGCAUUGAAGAGCUCAAUGACGAUGAGUCGCCCAAGGACGAAGAUGAUGAUGAAGAUGGUGAGGACAAAGAAGACCCAUUCUUCUUCCUCACUUUCGAGAACAACCCACUGGAUGGAGCAGCCGACACAAACCUGACCAUGAAGCUGAAGGGCAUGGAGUUCGUUUACAACCCCAGGUUCGUGGUGGAGGUAGCAAAAUUCUUCAAGCCUCCAGAGAGACACAUGGAGUCUAUCGGCGCGCUCAUGGAGACCGCUGGAGCGACUGUUGAAGGCAUUCGGCAACAAACACGCGCAGGCCUGGAGUUCGCGCUUACCGAACACAAAACUAUCAACGCGCAGCUCGAUCUCCAAGCGCCGCUCAUUAUCGUGCCAGAUUCCGUCACAAAGAAGUCAAGCAACUGUCUCAUCGUCGAUGCUGGUCAUGUGAGCGUAACGAGCGAACUCGUCGACAAGGACACUCUUCGUGAUAUUCAGGCAAAGCAAAAGCAGCAGUAUACUGAUGAAGAUUUCCGCAAAUUGGAGAAGCUUAUGUACGACAAAUUCGAUCUGAAGCUCCACUCAACACAGGUACUCAUAGGACCAUCUAUCGAGGAGACCCGCGCACAGCUCGACAAAGAUUCUAGCUUGAAGAACUACCACAUCGUUGACCGGAUCAAUAUGGACUUCAAGAUCGAGAUAUGCAUUGUUCCAAAGGCGUCAGAUCUCACCAAGUUCCGUGUCUCCGGAAACCUGCCGGUGCUCCAUGCCUCUGUGUCGGAUUCUAAAUACAAGAACCUGAUGAAACUGAUUGACGUAGCUAUCCCAAAGUUUGGCAAUGACGGACCCAGCAAGCAAGUAACCGAAGGCGCGAAGGGCCCAGCAAAUCUGAAGCCUACAAGCGACGCCAAGGCUGAUUCGGAUCCUCUUGGCCGGUCGCGCUCAAAGUCGUUUGCGUUUUCCGCGCAAGAGCAUGAGCUGGUUAUGGAAGAAGAAGGUCAUGAUGGGGACAAGGACGAGAAGUUCUCUGACGCCCCAGAGAUCCGAGACGAAAAGAAAGAGGCACAUCUGCAUCAGCGCAACUUCGAAUUCAAGUUUACAGUCGACAAGCUUCAGGGUUCAUUGUACAGAGCAGAUCCAGAAGGGAGGAAGUCUGAUCAGCUACUGGUCGAGCUCAUCGCUGAGAGCUUUGAUCUCGACUUUUACCAGGAGGCCUUCGAGAUGGCUGCGGACGUUCGUCUGAAGAGCUUGGCUGUUGAGGACCACGUCGAGGAGUCUACUCUCCCUGAGUUCAAGAAUAUCAUCUCUUCAGAGGAUGUGUCAGCGGACGAACAGAAGGAUUUGUUCUCACUCAAGUUCGUCAAAGUGAACAAAGAGUCUCCGGAGUUCCAGACCAAGUACGAGGGUAUUGCUACCAACUUGGAUGUGGCUGUGUCAACGAUCAACCUGAUAGUAACCAGGCGGACGCUGCUCACGUUGCUAGACUUCGUCCUUGACACCUUCACCAAUCCGGGUCAACCUCAAAAUCAGCAAGCUCAGAUAACCGACAAGGAAGAACAGCAGCCGGUUGCUAACCAAACUCAAGCGGAGCCCGACAAGAUACGCAUUCGAGCAGAGCUCAAGCGCAUUGCUGUUGUUCUGAACAACGACGGCAUACGUCUAGCUACAUUGAGUUUGAACUCUGGAGAUGUUGGCAUAUUCCUCAGCGGCAAGACGAUGCGCAUCGGUGGACGUCUUGGAAAUUUGUCGCUCAUCGAUGAUAUCAAUCAAGGUGUCUCCGAAGAAUCGUCGCUCCGUCAAUUGGUCACUAUCGAGGGCAAGAAUCUGGCCGAUUUUAGCUACGAGACCUUCGAUCCAGAUGCGGAGAGCUAUCCUGGGUACGACAUGGCUGUCGCACUGAAAACAGGCUCUAUUAAGAUCAACUUCCUUACAGAGCCUUUCCGUAAGAUUAUGGAGUUUGCCGUCAAGUUCGGCAAGAUGCAGGCAAUUUUCAAUGCAGCUCGUCAGGCUGCGGCAAACCAGGCAACACAGGUACAGCAACGAGCUACCAAGUUCCAUUUUGACAUCACAAUCGCCACGCCUAUUGUUGUGUUCCCACGUAUGGUAGUGUCCGAUAAACCAGAUCGUGACACUCUUACUGCAAAUCUGGGAGAGAUCUACGCGAAGAACAGCUUCGUGCCUCUUGAUGAUUCCAAGGGUGCAGAGACCGCGAACAAGCUGUCGGCCGGCAUCCGCAACAUCAAGCUUACGUCGAAGCUGCACUAUGAUGAGAAUCGUUCAGAAGAACUGCAGCUGAUUGACAAGGUUGAUCUCGACUUCAACAUUACCAUGGUCGAGCAUAAAGCAGGUCAGCAGCGCCCAGAUCUCGAGAUCGAUGGUAAUAUGUCAAACAUAAACCUACAACUCACACCGGAGCAAAUGAAGUUCGCGCUAGAACUGUCGCGCUCAAUACCCGCAGCAUUUGCCACCGAGUCGGACGCUAUCGAUCAAGACGUGCAGGCUGAACUACCAAAGGAGACGACGGAACCUGCGCGCCGAUUAACCGACAAGGAUGAUGGAAAAUCUGAGCCCUCUAAGGAUGUAGUCACUUCACAAGGACCCGAACUGCACUCCGCUGACGACAGCAAGUGGACGAAGCUGGACUUUGUCUUCAAGGUCGGCACGAUUGGCUUGGAGCUUGUCAAGAGCGAGGAUGGUGAGCCUGUAGGCGACGUUGAAGCCGCUAGUCUCUCAAAAUUCUCCCUCAACGACACCAAUGUUAAGGUCCGCAUGAUCAGCGAUGGAGCAAUGGAGGCUGAGCUAGUCGUGCAAUCGUUCACGAUCCGAGACAGCCGCACGCAAGGAACGAACAAGUUCCGCAAGAUUAUGUCGCUCAUCAACAAUGAUGUCAAACAGCAGUUCAUGGCUAGUGUGUCAAUCUCAGGCGGACAAGAGCGCAACAUGAUCGCACUUCUCACUAUCGAUAGUCCAAGAAUUAUUCUUGCGCUGGACUACCUUUUCGCUCUGCAAGCGUUCGCAAAUGCAGGCCUCGCCACUGAUGAGCCUCUGGCCAUUGAAGAGGCGCCUGUCGAACAGGAUGAGACUGACAGUGACAAUGACGAUAUCAUGUCACCCGAUGGCUCUCGAACAUUGGAACAACCGGAGCCUGCCAAAGAGUCUACUGAUAACGGCAUGAACAUGUCAUUCCGUGUCAACUUGGUAGACGCCCAAGUCGUGCUUAUUGCGAACCCAGCGAUGGCCAGCUCAGAAGCUAUUGUACUUGGUACGAAGCAGGUACUUGUAUCUAAGCAGCAAGCGAUGACGUUGCAAGUCGACAAGGUUGGCAUGUUCUUGUGCCGUAUGGAUCGGUUUGAGACGAACCGUAUGCGCAUUCUUGACGACUUCAGUAUUCAGACAGCUCUGGAUAUGAGAAAUCAAGGCUCAACGUCCUCGAUGAUGAGCAUUACCGUCGACAUCGAGCCUCUUGUGCUUCGCCUAUCGCUGCGCGAUAUCCUGUUAGCAAUGCAGAUUGUGAACAGGGCGUCGGCAAUGGCAGCGCCUGCCGAGAAACCUAUGCCUUCGGCAGAGGCCAAGCAACUCAAGUCGGGUACACCAUCGAAGAAAGGUACUUCACACGCAGGCAAGACACUCAGUCAGAAGCCUCGAACCAAGUCUCUUGCAACCACGGCACGAUCUGGAAAACAGGUCGCGCAGCAGCAGGCGCCUCCUUCUUCUGCUGUGCUUAAGCGAGAAGAGCUCCAUAUCAGCUUUGAAGGUAUACGAGUUGUUCUCAUCGGCGAUGUACAUGAAAUGCCCAUGCUUGAUUGGCGCGUAAAGAAGUUCGGCGUCGACGUACGAGAUUGGUCAGGAGCGAUGGUCGCCGACACAUCACUCGAUACCCUGAUCAAUGUGUACAACUUCUCCAAAUCUGCAUGGGAGCCGCUGAUCGAGCCCUGGAGUGUCGGGUUCCACAUGGCCAAGAACCAGAAUCCUGACAAGCUAACAGUCGAUAUCUACUCCCGCAAGUCCAUGGAGCUCACCGUGACAGCCGCCACGAUUGCACUGGGCUCCAAGUCAUUCGACUUCCUCACGAGCGAAGAUGACAUUCUAUCGAAGCCGCGGGGUAGUGAUGCUCCGUACCGCGUGCGCAAUUACACAGGCUUUAGUCUCGAUGUCUGGGCCGAUGGCAAGGAGCAAGAAGGUUUUGCAGCUAAGCUUGAAGACGGAGAAGAGCAGCCUUGGCGAUUUGAAGACCCCAUGUCGACAAGAGAGUCGCUUUCCACAGACGGCGCAACAGGCAUGCUUGGUAUUAAGCUGCAGGGCAGCGGCUUCGACACUCUCACUCGCGUACCCGUUCAUCGAGAGGGCGAAUUCCUAUACAACCUAAAGCCCAAGCAAGACCGCAUUCAACACCGUCUGUUGAUUGAUGUAAAACUUGGUGCCGACAACGUCAAGAACAUCACCAUUCGCUCCCCAAUGUUAGUGGAGAACAACACGCAGAUUCCGAUCGAGCUCGGCAUGUACAGCCCAGAAGAUGGCCAUCUCCUCAAGAUUGACAAGAUCGCCCCUGGAGAUGCUCGACCAGCACCUGUGGGCGCCUGCUAUAUGCACUCCAUCGUCAUCCGUCCAGACCAAGGCUUCGGCUAUGCCUGGUCCAAUGAGCGCUUGUUCUGGAAAGACUUGCUCAAGCGUCCCACGAGGACGAUUACCUGCCGUGGCGAACAAGACGACCAAUCUCCACCGUUCUACUUCCAGUUACAUGCGGCCUACGACAAGAAAGACCCCUUGACUAGUGUGUACCCUUACAUGCGACUUCGCCUCCAAGCACCCGUCGAAGUUCACAAUCUCCUUCCAUAUGACUUCAAGUAUAGAAUUUAUGACAGCAACACGAAGAAAGAUUGGACAAAUUUCCUUAGGAAGGGUGGCAUCAGCCCGGUGCAUGUCGUGGAGCUCUCGCAUCUUCUUCUCAUUAGCGUAGAGAUGCAGGACGGGCCCUUCAAGCCAAGCAAGUUCGGCAUCAUUAACUCAACCGAUCGCGAGAGCUUUAGGAGGGAGAAAACCUUGGAGGUCAAAGACAACAAUGACACGACUCUGCAUCUUAACAUGCAUUUCUUCAACUUCCCUGAUGGUGGUGGCGCCUUCAAGGUAGCAAUCUACAGUCCCUACAUCGUUCUCAACCGUACCGGCCUUCAACUCGAUGUCCGCGCUCAGCAGCUCAUGGGCCAAGCUAGGGCUGCUGCCGGACAAGGUGUCGUCUCGGAUAACCAAAACGAUGCCGGCAAGGCUUUGCCAUUUAUGUUCUCCUACCCAUCCGAGAACAAGAAGAACCGAGCUCUUAUCAAAGUCGGCGAUUCUAACUGGAGCAAGCCUCAGAGUUUCGACGCGAUCGGUAGCUCAUACACAGUAGCGUUGCCUUCAAACAAGGCACGCUCUGACAUGCACUUGGGUGUCUCGGUUUCGGAGGGUGAGGGCAAAUACAACUUGACCAAGAGCGUUUCCAUUGCGCCACGAUUCAUCGUCAACAAUAAGAUGAAGGAAGAGUUACUCAUCCGUGAGCCUGGUCAAUCUGACUGGAUGACGGUGAAAGACGGAGAGCUUUUCCCUCUUCGCUGGCUACGACAAGGCGGAGCGCCGCAACUGUCUCUCUGCUACCCUGGUGUCAACAACCAAUGGUCUUCUCCAUUCAACAUCUCCAACGUUGGAAAUGUUCACGUCAAGCUCUCCAAGGCUGGACAGCGCCAGAAGCUUGUUCGUGUGGACAUUCUGAUGGAAGCAGCAACAAUCUUCAUUCACGUCAGCGUUGAGAACAAGCAUUGGCCAUUCUCGUUCAAGAACAUGAGCGACCAGGAGUUCCUGUACUGGCAAGCCAACCCGAAUCUGGAUGAGGACGAGGAUGACCGCGGUUCUGGCUUUAGACCAAUUAGAUACCGCCUACCUCCCAGGAGCAUCAUGCCAUAUGCAUGGGAUUUCCCGGCUGCAAAGAACAAGGAAAUCGUCAUCAGCGCCAACGGAAGGGAGCGUCACGUCAAGCUUGCCGAGAUUGGACCUCUCAUUCCAUUCAAGAUACCACCUGGCCAAGAACGAGGCGGCAUGAAGGUUAUUGAUCUGAACGUCGUUGCAGCAGGUCCCACACAAACUCUCGAGGUAUCGAACUACAAGCCAUCUAAGAGUAUGUACAAGCAAAAGUCUGCUGGCACGUCUUCCUCCGCUACUGGAUUUGAAGUCAAGGACAUGGACACCGACGUCACUUUCAAGGCGCAGCUACGACUUGCUGGUAUCGGCAUAUCACUAGUCAAUCGUCAUCUGAAGGAGUUAGUGUACGUCACACUACGCGACAUCGAGCUGAAGUACUCCGACUCGCCGCUCUACCAGAUGGUCAACAUGCAAGUCAAGUGGAUUCAAAUCGACAACCAACUCUAUGGUGGCAUCUUCCCCAUCAUCUUCUACCCUAGUGUCGUUCCAAAGACAGGCAAGGAGAUGGAGGCACAUCCCAUCUUCCAGACGACAAUCACCAAGGUCAAGGACGAUUCGUACGGUGUACUUUACAUCAAGUACUUCACAUUCCUCCUCCAGCAAAUGACCAUCGAAAUUGAUGAGGACUUCAUCUUCGCUAUGAUCGACUUCGCGAACAUACCUGGCGCUUCCUGGUCUGAGGAGAAGCAGGGCAAGCUGUGGGAUGACAAUCUUAGCAUACCAGAGCCAAAACAAGAGCAAUCUGGUCAGGAUGUCUACUUUGAGCUGCUCCAUCUGCAGCCCAUGCAGAUUGAUCUGUCGUUCGUUCGAACAGAACGCAUCAACGCCGAGGACACCAUGAGCACUUCCAACCCAUUUAUGUUCGCUGUCAACGUACUCACCAUGUCGAUCGGCAAUGUCAACGAUGCGCCGGUGCGAUACAACUCCUUGAUGUUGGAGAAUGCCCGCAUCUCCACCACUGCAUUGAUCAACAACAUCAAGAAUCAUUACGUUCAAGAAUCUUUGCGACAAGUGCACGUCAUCAUCGGAUCUGCUGACUUCCUUGGCAACCCAGUCGGCCUAUUCAACAACAUCAGCUCUGGUGUCGCUGACAUUUUCUACGAGCCAUACCAAGGACUUGUCAAAUCGGAUCGUCCGGAGGAUCUCGGUAUCGGUAUCGCAAAGGGUGCAUCAAGCUUCGUCAAGAAGUCCGUCUUCGGAUUCUCGGACAGUAUGGCCAAGUUCACUGGCAGCAUGUCAAAGGGACUUUCUGCAGCAACACUGGACAAGGAGUUCCAGGACCAGCGUCGCAUGUCGCGAUCUCGUAACAGGCCUAAGCAUGCCCUCUACGGCAUAACAUCUGGUGGAAAUGCCUUUGCUAGCAGUCUUGCCAGCGGUCUUGGUGGUCUUGCUCGCCACCCUAUUCAAGGAGCGGAGAAGGAAGGUGCUCUCGGUUUCGUCAAAGGAGUCGGCAAAGGACUGCUGGGCGUACCAACCAAGGCCGCCAUUGGCGCCUUCGACCUUGCUUCCAACAUGGCAGAAGGCGUCCGCAACACAACCACCGUCUUCGACCAAGAAGGCCUCGAUCGCGUUCGUCUCACCCGCUUCAUUGGCACCGACGGCAUCGUUCGGCCAUACUCCCAACGCGAAGCUCUCGGUCAGUUCUGGCUCAAGACACUCGACAACGGCAAGUACUUCAACGAAGACUACAUUGCGCAUCUUGAACUCCAGAACAAGGAGAUGCUCGUCAUGCUCACGUACAAUGGCCUUAUGAUGGUGCGGACGAAGAAGCUGCAGACAGAAUGGGAUGUACCACUCAAAGACGUGCAGACUAUUAGUAAAGAGAGGACAGGGCUGGGGAUUACGCUCAAGGGAGGGACGAAUGGACCGUUUAUCCCUGUGAGUGAUGAGGGAAGUCGGAAUUGGUUUUAUCGACAGGUUGCUGUAGGGGUCAAUGCUUAUAACGAUCGGUGGAAUGCGAAGGGUUGAUUGGGAUGAGUGAAAGGUUGGGAGUGGAGGUGUUUUCCAAGAUGUUUGACAGGGAGAGACGCGGAGUAGAAGCGUUCCUUCAAUGAGGUUUAUGAGUACAUGGCAUAGCGUGGGUUCAGAAUGGGCUUUCUGUUUCGAUUCGGCGACCUAUAGUGUUUACUCUUUCUAUGAUGAGCUUGAUGAAUGAGAUAUUCUUUUCUACAAUAAUGUC